AUGGCAGAGGACAUGUGGGAGAACAGAACAGUCUCCAGCCCUUACCCCGACCUCCCCCUGUCUUUGCUACUAUGCAACGACACCCUCCUCAAUGACACCCUCCUCAACGACACCCUUUUCAACUGUAUCAACUCCACCAACAUUCCAGAGAUGCCAUUAGGACCCAGUGUAGCAGGGGUCCUCAUCCCACUCAUCUACAUCAUCGUCUGUGUCAUCGGCCUUGGCGGGAACAGCCUGGUCAUCCACAUUGUGCUGCACUACUCCAAGACGGAGUCUGUGACUAACAUCUACAUCCUGAACCUGGCCAUCGCUGAUGAGCUCUUCAUGCUGGGCCUGCCCUUCCUGGCUGUCCAGAACACCCUCCAGUUUUGGCCCUUUGGCUCCUUUAUGUGCCGUCUGGUCAUGACCGUGGACUCCAUCAACCAGUUCACCUCCAUCUUCUGCCUGACCGUCAUGAGCAUUGACCGCUACCUGGCAGUGGUCCAUCCCAUACGCUCCUCCAAGUGGCGGCGGCCCCAGGUGGCCAAGGUGGUCAACGGCACAGUGUGGGCCAUCUCCUUCCUGGUGGUCCUGCCUGUGGUAAUCUUCGCCAACGUCCACAAGACGGGCGGCACCUGCAAUAUCUCCUGGCCUCGGCCGGCCGACAUUUGGCGGGCGGCUUUUAUCAUCUACACGUCCACAGUGGGUUUCUUCUGCCCACUCCUCAUCAUCUGCCUCUGCUACCUGCUCAUCGUCUUCAAGAUUCGCAGCUCUGGCAAGAAGGUCCACGCCACGUCCACCAAGCGCAGGAAGUCGGAGCGUAAGGUGACGCGCAUGGUGGUGAUCGUGGUGGCCGUGUUUGUCUUCUGCUGGUUGCCCUUCUACGCCCUCAACAUUCUCAACCUGCUGGUGUCUCUGCCAUCAGAGUACCCGGGCCUCUACUACUUUGUUGUGGUAAUGGGCUACGCCAACAGCUGCGCCAACCCCAUCGUCUACGGCUUCCUGUCAGAAAACUUUAAGCGGGGCUUCCGCAAGGCCCUGUGUCGCUCCUCACGCAAGGUGGAGAGCCACGACCUGACAGAGCGCCAGCAGCAGCAGGAGGAGAGAGGUAGGGUGCUGAAGCCCCGAGAGAGCUUGAGGAGGGUCGUACGAGAUGAGGAGGAGGAAGAGGAUGAUGAAGACAGGGAGGACGUCACAGAGAUGACAGAGAUCUGUAGGAUCGCCCAGAAUGGGAACGGACAUCCUGAGAGUUCCCAGGCCCUGUUAACACCCAAGGCACCAGCUCCAGGGGCAUCUGAGCAUGUGGCAUCCCCAGAAAGGAAAGCCAAAGCUGGUGACAUUGGUGGGAAAGGCCCAAGCUUGGGGCCUCCAGCAUCCCUGCAUAAUGGACACACAAAUGGGAGUGUCAAACCACUGCCAGAGGAGCCAGUGGAGAAGAACACCUCACUGGAGAUAAGCUACCUAUAA